AAUAAAGCCUUCAUUUUUUGGAAUUCCAUUUUCUUCCGUGUCUUGUUUCUUCUCUGCACCCUUUGGGAUCUCUUGCAUAGACCAACCCCAGAAGAAGGAAAAAAAUAAAAAAUAAAUAAAAAUCAACCCUUUUUGUAAAUCCCCACCUUUUGUUCUGCUAAAGAAUUUAUUUUUCCUUUUUAGUUCCUGCAAUUUAUCUUUCUGGAUCCUAAUUGGGUUUGAUCUUUCUCUUUCAAUUUGGUGAUUAUGUUGAAAAUUCUUGAAUUUUUAUGGUGGUUGAAUUUUUUUCAGGGUUUGGAUUUGGGGGUUAGGUUCAGGGUUUCUUUUGAAUUGGUGUGGUGAUUGGAUGUUGAUCUGGGUUUUGUGCCUGUCAUGUAUGUCUUUCCUUGGGAUUUAAUUGGGUUUUGGAAAUUGGAACGUAGUUUAUCCCCAAUAUUUUUAUGGGCUUCCUUUCUAUUUCUUCAUUCCAGAUGCUUCUAACUUUUUUUUGUUUGAUUUGGUGAUUGGAUGGUGUGCAAUUGGAAUAUUUUACAAUUGUCAUGUCUGUUAUUGAAAUAGAGGUUUCUGCUUGGAAAUCAUUACUAUUUUGGUUGUUUAUUUGUUUAAAUUUGUGCAGUAGAUGUUUUGCUUGGGCAAAUAAGUCCUUGUUGUUCAUGAAUCUUUGAGAACUUGCAAAACUUUGUGGCUUUGAUACUGCUGUAUAGGAUUUUGUUAUUUUUGUCAUGUCUAUUUUUUAUUCUAUUGGUUUCUUCUUGAUAUUUGAUAUUGGGGCUAAGAUUCGAAUUUGAUACUCUAUGCUAUGAUCCAUGUCCAUUUGAUUGGUUAUAUGACUUUAACAGUGCCUUCCAUUCUUUUGGACUUUUGAAGGGUAUGUGGGAUAGACACCCUGAAUGUGUAAAAUUUGAUUUGAUGUUCCUAAGUAGUUGUAAUGUGGACAUCUUGGUUGUAUUGGAUAGUAGGAUGAAUGUUGAUGUUAUAAGAUACCUUCACUUGCAUAUUUACGAACCCACCCUGAUAAUGUCUUUGUAAUUUCCUGAAUUUUUCUGUCUCUAAGUAAUAACACCAACAUGUUGUACUGGAAAAUAAGUCUAGCCUCUCACAACAAGAAUGCAUUUAAGUCCUUUUGUUUCUUAUUUACUAUCUUGCAUUCUUUCUUAAUGUUCAUUUAAGUCCCUAGGUUGAAUUACACUAUUGCAGACAGCCAUUUCUUUGCAUGAUCUUGGAUGCAAAACAAUUUAAAUUGGAUUCUUUGACUAGCCUAGAUAACAGAAUCCAUGUUGUGACUUGUGGUCUAGCAUAUUAAGUGAUUCACCAAUGAACAUGUUAGAAUAGAAAACUCCCAUCUUAUUCAAAGUAUAGUGUUGUAUUAUUGAAUCAGUUUGAUUGAAGUGACCUUAUUUCUCUGUUUAUAGGGUUGUAUUUCUAACUGCUGAUUCCUAGAUUUUAAAUUUAAUUGAUUCUGAAAUUUAUUUGAUUGAGAUCUUGUGUUGCUGAACGUAGUCUUUUUCUUCCUUUUUUGGUGGUGUACCCGCAGAUUUUGGGGCUUGUUGGUGAUUCUGUUGUACAGAAGUGUUCGUUAGUUAUACAUUUGUUCAAGAUUGUUGUAUAGAUUGAUUCAUUAUUUUAACGUACUUUGGAGCAUUGCAUGAGGGAUUGCCCUCUGAUUCUUUUGUGAAGUCAACUAAAGUUCCUAUAAUUACAAACUGAGACUCAGAAGCCUCCAGUAGGGAAUAUAGCUAGAGCUUAUUGCCUUGGUAAGUUUAUAAGCAAACAAUGCAGCAUAUUGUUACCCUCUUGUCCUUUAUUUCCAUUCUGAAAAAUGCCUUUUGCAUUGCCCACACUAAAUCUUUGUUUGGAACUAUUUAAUUUCUUGUCUUGUAUGGAUCUCCUUUUUCAUUUUUUCCAUUGGUAAAAUUUUGCUAGUCAUAUUUAUCAGUUUAGACUGUUUUUUAUGGAUACCUAAUUUUCUUCUAUGAGAAAAGCUGGAUAUUACAAUGAAGAGACCUAAUUUUCUUCUACAAGAAAUCUGGAUUUUGAACUGGGCCAGAAAGUCUUUGUUUUAAUUGUAUUUUACCAUAUGAUAAAUUUUCUUUUGGGAUUGGCUUCAAGAAGUAGUAGAUUAAUAGUCACUAAAGCAAAGUGUCAUUACAUUGAAAGUUAUUAUGUUUUGGUAUCUCAUGUUCAGACUUUGGUAAAUAUACAAAGUGUAGUUUCAGCAGAUAAGAUUGAUCGUCAUAGUCCAUUUCUAAUCGAAUUAGUUUUAGUUCAAUGUUAUGGAAUGACACCAUUCUAGUAUAGGUCUUUUAGUUUAAAGAAUCUGUUAAUGUAGGUGCCAUUAGAUUGAGUGAUGAUUUGAUAUCCUAGUCAAAUGGUCAGUUUUGAAUCCAAGAUGAUGUUAUAUUCAUGUCUAUCGGGAAGUAUCAAGAAGUAAUAGCACCUUGUUUAAAUGUAUAAUUCAAAUGAUGCAAUUGGGGCAACCUAAUAAUUUGGUUAAUGGUACAUUUUGUGUUGUCAACAGUCUGUUCUGCUUAUCAGUUUUUUGUUUUUUUUUACUGUUUUAAAUUUCUUUUAUAUUGAUUUCUAUAUAGUCGAGCAAAUAAAGAUUUUUGUGCCAUGAAAGUAUUAACAUCUGGGGAGGGAAAAAGUGUGAUAUACUUCAUUUUGAAUUAUAAAUUAAUGGAUGCACUACAGAGUCAACAUAUUCAAACCCUAGAUGAAGAUUAUACAUUGGUGAUUUAAAUCUCAGAAUCAUGCAUAGAAUCAAAACAUUACUUUCUUCUUAUCAUGUUGUGUAGGAAGGGUAGUAUAUAGACUUCACUGGUGUGUAAAUAAAAAGGAAAAUGUUAUACAAGAUUUAGUCAAAGUCAAUUUUUCCCUUUUGUAUUUUGUUCUUUUUUAAUGUCUGAGAGGGGGAAAAGAAAGGGCAAAUAUAAUUAAAUUUAAAGGAAUGCAUAAAAAUUGGUUGAAAGGAAGUAAUUAGAAUUCCGAACAAUAUAAUCCGUCAAUCUUAUCACCUUCCUUCUUGCUGUUGUUUAUGCAUUCUUGUGCUCAUACAUUCACAAUAGGACAAAGCUUAAGUGGUUCAUAUGGACUUUAUUAUACCUAGUUUUAGUUAAAUAGAAUAUUUCUUCUACUGCUGACCAUGUCUUUUAUUUUUAACUUUAUGUAAAAAAGUGUAUGUUAUCUUGUUAUGAAAAAAUGAAAAAAAAAUAGUCUUGUUUCUUGCAUCCUUUUCUAAUUAGUUCAAUAUGUUUAGUAGUUAACACCGUGUGAAGAAGAUGGCUGGUGUUAAGAGAAGAUUAUGUAGUGAUUCAGAUAUCCAUGCUCUUCACAAAGAAUUGGAUGAAGUUUCUUGUCCUAUCUGCAUGGACCAUCCACAUAAUGCUGUUCUCCUCCUUUGCAGCUCUCAUGAGAAGGGCUGCAGAUCUUACAUUUGUGAUACAAGUUAUAGACAUUCAAAUUGCCUGGACCGUUUUAAAAAAAUGAGGGACAAUUUUAAGGAGAACCAAAAUUUACCCAGUUCUUUAGUAAACACAAACAAUUCUGGUAAUAGUUUUGAUAUUAACCUUACUGUGCAAUCUGACAUGCAUGAUGUUAAUGAACUCCAUCAAAAUGAAAUUAAUGCUCUAUUGUCUGUUGGACUUGCACAAGGAUCAAGACAGGGUGAUGCCCAAGAUCCAAAUAGGCUUUUAGACCAACAUGAUGAAGGAAUUUUAGAAACUGCUGAUUCUGAGAACUUGCAGGACAGGGCUGUGAUUGAGGAUUUAAAUGCAGAUAAUUCGUCUGAGUCAAAAUUGAACUUGAAAUGCCCUUUAUGUAGAGGUGCAGUAUUGAACUGGAAGGUGGUUGAAGAGGCUAGAAAUUAUCUGAACAUGAAGAAGAGAAGUUGCUCAAGGGACUCGUGCUCAUUCGUUGGUGAUUAUCUGGAAUUGCGUAGGCACGCAAGGAGAGUUCAUCCCACUUCUCGUCCCUCUAACAUUGAUCCUACAAGAGAAAGAGCUUGGCGACAUUUUGAGGACCAAAGAGAAUAUGGUGAUAUUGUGAGUGCUAUUCAGUCUGCCGUGCCUGGAGCUGUGCUAGUUGGGGACUAUGUUCUUGAGAAUGGAGACGGUAUUGGUAGGUUACCAGACGAACGUGCUGAAGGCAACAUUGGCAACGCCAAUGGACCAUGGUUAACCACCACUAUCUUGUUUCAGAUGAUGGAUAGCACCGUUGAAAUUGUUAGGGAACCAAGAGCACAUUCGAGUGCCUGGACAAGGCACCGUCGUUCAUCUGAACGUCGGCGCUAUCUGUGGGGUGAGAAUUUAUUGGGUCUUCAUGAUAAUGACAUUGAGGAUGAUCUGCGUAUAUUUAGGGAUGCGGGUGAAGAUGCAUCUCCUGUGCCAAGGAGGCGUCGGCGUUUGACCCGGACAAGGUCCAAUGAAGAUCAACCUUGAUGACUGCCACCAUUUUACCUGAAUUGUCUGAACAGCAUGCAGAACUUGUUCAAAGUUUUGUACUGGAAACACGCAUUCAGGCCAAUGUACCAGCUUUGGACCCAGUAGAGUAUGCUGAAGCAGCAAGUUCAGAAUAAAUCAUUGUCAAAUCCUUAAACACAAGUUUCCUUGAAACAAGGAAAAUUGCUAGAAGGAUGAUUACAAAGACCCCUUUAAUGUAAAGACAUUUAGCCUUGGGAUUACUAAACAUCUGGGUGAUUUGGAAGGUUAUUUCACAGUUAAUAUUUGUAUUAUUAUGUAUAACUUGUACUGUAAGUACUUUAUUGUUGUUCAAUCCUUUUCUUAUCUCUACUAAAUUGUUUGCUUUAAGCUUGAGAAUACUGUGUGAUUCUUAUGAGGCACAUUGUGUAUCUGUUUGCUGGGGUAUAAUGAAAAAUCUAGACCAGUGCCCUCA